AUGGCAACGCUGGCCGGCCCGCASGGCGCCGAGCGGCCGGGACCGGGCCGGGACGGCACCGAGAUGCUUGCUCAGGUGCAUGGCGAGUCCCCACACUCUGACCCUUUUCGGAAGAGUGACYAUGACAGGAAGGUGCCUGCAAGAGAGGCAAAGAAGAAAGGCGUAUUCUGGGGCAUUGAGGUGCCUGAAACACUCAGUUGGCGUGGCUGGGAACUUGGAAGAGAGAUGAUCAAAUACCUGACCUUGAAAAAUGUUCAUGGGAAAAUCCAGAAGCUGAGUUACAGAGCUCCUUCCACGUCAUUCUUCUUCACUGUUUUCCCGCAGCCAAUUACACUGAGUCCYGGUAUGUCCUUAACUCUGCCCAUCGUUUUCCGACCCACUGAAAAGAGGGAGUGUGAAGACAGCAUCUUCUUUACGACAGCUGAGGGUGAGUUCUCUGUUACCCUGCGUGCUGUGCUUCCACACAUCCGUCUGUCCAUCCCAGAUGCUGUCCAGUUGCCUAUCUGUGCUGUCUACAGUGCUACAGAGACAAAGUUCCCUGUGUGCAACACUGGUGAUCUCGUUUUCACCUUUGCCUGGGAGACACCAAGCCCUUUCACCAUCAUUCCUGACUUUGGCACUGUGAACCCAGGUACUGAGUGCAUGGUCAAGGUGAUCUUCCAGCCUGAGGAGGCUGGGGUGCAUGAAGUGGCAGCAACAUGCUGGUUUGGAGGUGAAGARAAACAAAAUAAGACAAUCCAGCUAAAAGCCCUGGCCAAAUACCCCUGCCUGUUUUUGAGAGUGACAGGAAAGGAGCAUGAAGGUGUACAGCCUGGAAAGUUUCAGGAUGUAUUGUCUUUUGGAUCAGUACCAGUGGGAACAACUGUUGAGAAGCAUGUCGAAAUCUUCAACAUGUCUGUGGUUGAUGCACCAUGUCAGAUAGAACGAGCAAAAGAUCCUCUGAUUCGUGAUUAUGUUUUCUCCUGUGAUGUGUCCUGUGGCAUUGUCCCUGCCAAAGGGAAGCUGGUCUUGUGUGUACGGUUUCAGCCUCAAAUAGCAGGAGAGCACAGUACUGACUAUUUCAUUGUCACAUCUGCUGGAUGCCGCCUGGAGACUGUUCUGAAGGUGGUUGGCUCAUGUAAAGGUCCUUCCGUGUCCCUGCACCAAUAUUCUGUGGAUUUUGACUGGAUCAGUCUUGGAGAAAGUUUGAUGCAGCCACUGAAAAUCAGCAACAUAUCAGAUGUCCCAGCCUAUUACCAGUUUGAUAUUGAUGGCAAAGGGAGUGUCUUCUCCUUGGAUCGCCCUUAUGGAGUCUUAGAGAGCAAAACAACACUAACACUGAAGGCGACUUUUCGACCUACUCACCCAAUGAAUUAUCACCGCAGAGUCGUGUGCCUUGUCCACCACCAGGACCCCAUGUAUGUGGACUUUCUUGGUACCUGCCAUUCUGACACAGCUAAGCCAAUCACCCUUCAGGAAAGACACCUCUCCUGGUACCGAACCAACAUGAUAAGGGGACUGACCUUCUACCCCCCUGACAUCCUGAGUACUAUGCUGAAGGAGGGGAAGUUGCAGAUGGAUGAAAAGGGAGCCCUCAGGCUGCCACCUGAGAUUUCAAAGGGCAAGUCACCCAAGGAAUACUUUGAACCCAAUGCCAUGACUGAAUAUUUCCACGAUGGUGUCAUCAGCAACCUGGCCUUGUUUCCUGCUCAUGUUAGUGUCAGUCCCAGGGAACAUGAUUUUGGAUGCUGCAUACCAYCUCACAAGGUAGAACCUCUUCCUCUCCGCGUGACCAACCACACCAAAGGAAGUAUCAUUAUUGCCUGGACUCCAAGCCAUGGCAGUGCCUUCCAAGUGCACCCCGAAGUCUGUGAAGUGCUACCUUUGAGGUCUUCAGCCUUCCAGGUCUUUUGCAAGCCCACUCAGGUCAACAGUCUCUAUGCAACAGAGCUGGAAGGUUUUGCUGUUUACAAGGUGAUGAGAAACUACACCAACAUUGAGAAUGAUGCCACCCUCUGUCCGUCGUGGUGCCUGACUGUGAAGCUGCGAGCACACACAUUUGAAGCAAAACAGGAUCACUUCAUUCCACAGUAUAUCCUGGAUGUCCCCAAAACUUUUCCUCCUGUGGCUUGUGACGCUGAUACCUACUGCAGCGUGCUGCUGUCCAACAUGGGCACCUCUUUGAUAACCUUCCAGGUGAACCAAACUGCCUGUCCCUCUGCUUUGGUCAAGCCCAGUUCAGGACACAUCAUUCCAGGCGGCCACCAAAUUUUCCUUCUCUCCACUCGCCCAGUUAACACAGACACACAGCGACAUGUKGUGUCUUUGCAGCUGAACUCUUCUCCUGCUUACACUGAGGAGAUUGUUCUCCGGAGUUGUGGGCAGUCCCUGCUUUUGCUCUUAGAAGGUGAUGGAAAUCUCUACUUCAAGCCUCUCUAUGUAGGAACCUCCUUUACACGAAUGUAUACCAUUAAAAACUGCACAAGGCUACCCAUAGUUUUCACAUGGAAGAUCCGUCAGUCUGACAGUAAGAUCCUGUCUGUCAGUCCCACUGCAGGGAUUCUCCAGCCCUAUGAAGCCAUGGCUCAAGCAUGGACUUUUACUCCUAACAAGGAGACCAAGUAUCUGCUGCGAGCUAUGGUGUCUGUGAGGUGGAAAAGCUCACAAGACCCCAAGUCUCCCAAAAAUGUCCAUUAUGUCUUACGGAUCUUUGGAGAGGGGGCACUGGGCAACAUCAGGGCACAAAAGAAGUAUCUGGACCUUGGAAAUGUUAUGAUUGGUGGGCAACAAAGCUGCAGUGUUGUACUGCUAAAUGAUGGGAUCUGUACUCUGAAUUACAUCCUUCGUGUGGAACAACUCUUCACAGAGCCCCAUUGCCCUGAGGAGGUCCACAGCGAUCCACUGGCUCUAGAGCUAGAAUACUCCAAAGGAACAAUCACUGCAGGAUCAAAAGCUUCUAUUCAAAUAAACGUGAGGCCAGCCCGUCGACUGACUUACACCUGGUUUAUCAGAUGUGCUAUUUGCACACCCACAGAUGCAGAUCCUGCAAAGACAAAAGAGGUGCAGGAACCCAUCUGCUGCAUCGUAGCAAAAGGCAUCUACCCAACUUUGUGCAUCGUAGAUGCCUGUCCAGCAGGGAGCGCCAGCAGUAUCAGCAAGUUGCACCUCUGGAAGCUCUUCUCCUUGGACGUACUGAAUCAAUACUUGGAGCGGGACCCAGCUCCUGGCGAGCUCACCUACAGAGUUCCCACAAAGCACAGCACAUGCUUGAUACCUCCAGUGUACACCCCUCUCCUGCURGAUUUUGACUUUGGAUCUGCCCCAGUAGGCUCAGAGCCUACCGUUGUGAUGCUUCUGCUGGAGAACAAGGGUGUGGUGCCUGUGGACUGGGCCUUCUUGUUUCCUUCUGAUCAGAAAAUGGACCUGGAGCACUGGGCAGAGGACACUGACUUUACCCCACAGGAGCUGCACCAGAUGAGAAUUCAGGAUAAUCAGCUCUUCAGUAUUUCCCCAAAGUCAGGAAAACUUCUUCCAGGGCAGAUGAAACCUGUCCAGCUCUCACACAGACAUGAUUUCAUUGGCACUGAUCGCCUCCCUGUCCUGCUGAAGAUUUCCUAUGGCCAUGAGAUUCUGCUGACUUUCAGCAGUGUGACAGUGGAACUCGACCAGCGGUAUGUUCAUUUUACUUCCACUAAGCACCUCUUCACGCCCGUUGCUGUUGGAAGCUCCCACCCCCCGACACAGAUAUAUGAACUCUACAAUGGUGGCUCCAUGCCCGUGACAUUUGAGGUUCAGCUGGACAACAUUGUGAAGGUACGGGAGAAGAAUUUUCAGCAUCCUGUGUUUGCCUGCCUAACUCCUAGAGGAGAAAUCCUCCCUGGUGAAACRGGCCGCAUUGAGUGGAUCUUCUCACCACUGGAAGCUAAAACAUACUCGAUUGAUGUUCCCAUCCACAUCCUGGAGGGUGAAUCGACCCCAAUCACUUUYGAGGCAGUAGGCUGCAAUCCAAAUGUAGGAGAAGGUGCCACAUCCAGGCAAUUUUUGUCUUCUGCAGCCUUUCCAGGUUCUGCCAAGCUAACUGUGCCUGGGCAGGCAGCCACCUUGUCCCAUCACAGGAUUUUCUUUGGAAAUAUCCCAGACUGCACCAAAGCUUGUCGACUUGUCUUUCUCAACAAUAUCUCAGAGAGCAAGGCAAUUGUGUUUGCCUGGCAGAUAAUCACCUGCAAAGAAAAGCUGUUGGAGAUUGUUCCAGAGUCAGGGGUUGUGCAACCUGGAGAGAGUAUCCCCUGCUUCAUCACGCUGAGGCCUACAAGGAAUCCUUCCUUCUGCAGAAUAAAUCUGAUGUGUGAGGUGUUCAUCCAGGAGUCCCUGGUCCAGUAUGAGAGGGACCUGCAGGAGUGGGAAGAGGAGAAGAAACGGCAGGCUGUGGAAUUYACCAUCACAGAGAAGGACCUUGGGGCUAAGAAGAAGCCAACAGCACCUUCAGUAAGGUUAUCAGAUUCUGCUAAAACAGAAAAUCUCUCUGAAUCCUCAGCUUCGAUCAGGAAAUACAAGACAUUACCCCCUAUUAAAAGCAACCCAUCACCCACUCARCCACCUGGACUCCAUGAGAGGGGGCUGCCAUUGGGCAAAAACUGCAGCCAGACGUGGGUCAAACCAGAGCCUCCCAAGCCCUUGCUCUUACACCUUCAUGUGUCAGCCAGGUCCUACGCUAUUGAGGACUUUCUCAGCAAAUUCGUCUGGGAAUUUCCUAGAUACUUCUUGUCCCGUCCUUCCAGCCCCCAGACCUCAGAGAGYGAAUUCGUGGAUGGAAGUGAGUAUAAAAACAAGAUGGACCCAGAGCCUGAAAGGCUGUCCCUGGCUGCUGCUUCAAAACAGGAGCUGGAGGUGGUGACUGACACACUCACGAGUGUCAUCAGAAGCCUYUUGGAGGAUGGCCAUUUCCUCAAGGCAGUGAGAAGACUCCACCUUGACCCUAUUCCAUAUUACUCCCAGUUCCGGUCUGCAAAAUCAGCAGAGCACCGGGACAGACAGGGCUCCAUGAUCCCUUCCACGGUCUCUGCUUCAACAAACCUUGGCCUUGAGAAGGACAGAGAGAGGAGAAAAACAAGUCAAGAAACCCCUUCCAGUGAUUUCCUGGAGUCUUGGAAGAGUUUUUACCAUAAGCAGUUAAGGGAAAAGGAGAUGAUAAGUAGGCAGCCAGCUGUUGGGAACCUUGUGGAGCUGUUGCUGGAAAACACACUGCAGAAUAUCGUGGUGGAAGCCAGCCGUGGGGAGGUGAUGCUGACAGCCCGGCCCAGAGUCAUUGCUUUACCCCCCAACCCUUCGCGAAGAAUCACCAAUCUAGCACCUCCACCCUCUGGAUUAUAGCUGCUGGGCAYUGUGCUGCUUGAGAUCUUCAACUACAUCAGCUCUCUCCAUUCUACAUCCCUGUGAUGUGCAGAGCAGCUUGGACCCUCCCAAACCAUGACCUUAGCUCAGCAUGCUGCCUUUCUCUAAGGAGGUAUGUCCUGAUUAUGUUCCAGCACAACUUUGAGUCCUCUGACAACUCCACUGCAGAGUUGAUGACAUCUUUCCUUUCUGUGGCUGGCCAYAUCAUUGGAAAAUUCCAAGCUACAAGAAGCACAUGGACAACCUCUGACAAUUCCCACUACCCUCAGUCUGUAAUAGCUGAGAGGAGURUAAUCUGCUUUGAAAUGUAGCUGAGAAAGGACUGGGCACAGCUGGGCACAGAGAUGAUGACAUCAGUAGGAUGCAGGUACUGAAUCCUCCUUCACUCCUUGCUCCAGUGGAGACUGCAGGUUUCCCUUACAGUGACCAGCCCGAGGAGGCAGCUGCAGCACCAUCAGCACACACAGCAACCCAAUA